AACUUGUCAAAAGUCAAAAACAAAACAAACACGACAGAACACAGAUUAUAAAUUAUUAUUUAAAUUGCUGCAAGUAGAAAAUUAAUUUCUGAUUAUCCAUUAGAAUGGAGAACCCCGAUCAGAAUCCCUAUGCAACGCUGCUGCCACACAUUGUGGGCAUGUUGCACGGCAAGCCAGGUCAGAGCGCCACUUUGGAUCAAGUGUGCGCUGGUAUCAAGUCGUUGGCUGAGCGAAAUGAGGCCAUGAUGCAGCACAUCCGUUGCUUUGACACCCUCCAGGCCGCUGUGCAGUUUGGCAUCGGGUUGGGCGUGAAUAUGGGAAUCUUGACACACUCAAAGGACAUUCUACGCCUCGGCUCCAAGCUGCAUGUGCGCAGCACUGACAGUCAGCAGUCGACACUCGGCGUUGAGUUUGAGCACAAGGAUCUUCGGACCAGCGUCCACAAAGGGGAGCAACCUCUGCACAACGAACUGCUGCAGGAGCUGAUGUUCAGCGAUGAGACUGGUCAGCAGGCUUACAGCGUCGAUGAGCCGCUCAUUCCAGGCCGCACACUCCGAUCGGCCACGAAGCGAGUCACUGGAGCGGUAAAAAACCAAUCAACCGCCAUUAUAAUUUUGAAUUAAAGCAUCAAUUAAUGCUUCAAACUUUGA